UAUUCCAAAUAUUUUUAGUGCUGUAGAUGGCAAUGUUGUUGUCGGACGUUUGCCUGCUUUCUGAACCCAAUAGUUUGUUUAUUGUUGUUAGCAAAUAAACCACUUCAUUGAAUUAACAAUUUUAUGUUUGUAAGUUAUAAUUUUCAAAUUAGUUAACUCAUUGAAGGAAGCUAAACAUCAACAAGUCCAAAACAAACUUAAGUCAUGGAGCAGAAACACAAAGAAGCUAUUAGAAGUAACUUUAGUUCCCUAGUGGAGCGCACAGACCUGGACUCUGUUGUAACAUCAUUGUAUGAAAAAGGUGUAUUUUCCGAGCCAAUGAUUGAACCAUACAGGAUUAUUUCUCUACCAGAAAGGGAUCGUAAAAGACAAUUGUACGUUGAUAUCCUGCGACGUGGACCAUUAGCAUUCGGCCAUCUUGUAGACACACUGGGUGAACUGGGCUACUGGGACUUGGUGCGGGAUCUAGACCCUGACAGCCCUUUCUCAUUUCCAGGUCAACGCACAUUCAAUCCCAUUCCCAAAUUAAAUCCUCCUACAAUGGGAAAUGAUAAUUUUCAUAGUCUCAGCAGACCCAAGGGUGAUGUAAAUAAAAAUCCGCGGCAGUCGUCCCCGCCGCCAGCGCCGGCGCCGCAUCAAUCAUCCGAUAACGACAACGCGGCCUGUGACGUCACCAUCGAGCCACCGUUCACCGUCGUCAAGAGCACCAAGUUCAUGGAGGAUAACGAUACGAAAGACGUGCGGCUGUACCGCACGCGCGGGCGCAACCGCGGCGUGCUGCUGGACUUCACGUACAUGAAGUUCGACAACGACAUCGAGGAGUUCCGCAACGGCGUCGACGUCGACUGCAACAACCUCAAGUACUUGUUCAACGAGCUCGGCUUCCGCGUGCUGCGCUACCUCAACCUGACCAUGGCCGAGACGACGGAGACGCUGCGGUCGCUGGACGCGGUGCUGGUGGACAUCGAGAGCGUGUUCGUGGUGGUGUCGUCGCACGGCUACGAGCGCGCGCACUCCAGCGACACCGACGUGCGCUGCAAGGACGGCAAGCUCAUGCGCCUCAUGGACAUCAUCGACUACUUCAACAACCGCAACCUGCCCGCGCUGAUCGGCGUGCCCAAGGUCUUCAUCUUCCAGAUGUGCAGAGGCAGCAGCAGAGAUCACGCGUGGACGGACGCUGCGCCGGCGCCGCCGCACAUGCGCAUGCCGGACGGCGUGCUGUACGCCACGGACGGGGUGCUGUACGACGGACAGCCGGUGCAGCCCGCGGCGGCUGACCGAAGGCUGUCGCGCGGCCGCCGCGAGCUGCCGCUCUACUCCGACAUACUCAUCGCGCACUCCACGCUGCCCGGUCUGGUGGCGCACCGCGACGGCAAGUUCGGGUCGUGGUACAUCCAGGUGCUGUGCAAGGUGUUCGCGGAGCGGGCGCACGACUGCCACGUGGAGAAGCUGUUCACGCUGGUGGACAAGCGCCUGCAGGCCGAGUUCAAGGUGCAGACCUCCUCCGUCGACCGCUGGGGCUUCAACAAGAGGCUCUACCUGCACCCCGGACUCUAUGAGUCCUGAAUGUACGCACCCACUCAGAUCAACAAUUUUGUAACUACGAUCGGAACAAUUGAUAGGUACGCAAUGGUACAAUUAGUACUACAAGUGUUACUUGCUCAACCAAGCUAAAUAAAGUACAUGGUAAUUAGUAGGAUAUUUGCUAUCUACUGAGUGAGAUUAUUUCUAAAGUAUGAUUUUUAAGACUUGAAACAAGUGGAUCUGCCUCAACUUCUACGUAAAUGUUUAAUAUUACAGUCGACUCUCGUUAAUUCGAAACUCGAGGGACUCUUAAAAUAUUACGAAUUAUCGAGUUUUUGAAAUAUUAAAUGGUUCGAAAUUUGUGAGAGAAAACAAAUAAAACUUUGAAUUAUUAAGUGUUGGUCAAUUAUUAUUUGUUAAAUGCUAUUUUAUAACAAUAACAAAAGUUAUAGACACAUUUGUGUGCAUACAUGUAGGUAUUCAUAAUGUGAAUUAAUUAUUCUUUCGAAACAGCUCCGUCAUACUUCUUCAAAACAGACUGCUGCUACUCAGACUGCUCUCUGACUCUUUCUCUCUGUAACUUUGAAUUCUCGAGUGUUGUACGACUAAGAAUUCGAAUUAACGCAUCAUUUUGUUAUAUAGCAAUGCUUAUUUCGUUCGAAUUAUCAAGUGCAUAAAAAUGUAUUGAUUUAGUUCGAAAUAUAAAGAGAUUUGGUAGGGAACUCGCGAUAGGUUUGAAUUAACGAGAGGUUCGAAAUAUCGCAGGUUUGAAUUAACAAGAGUCGACUGUAUCAUAAUUAGGAAUGACAUUGCAUAAACAGUCCAGCCAUAAUAUUUCAGGGUAAGUUAUACCUAAGAGUGAUAAUAAAAUAUUAAUACGUAAUAGUAUUGUUGUGUGUACAUAUCAGUACCGAGAUCGGUACACAAUAAUAUACGUUUAAGAUAGUGUGGCGGCAACUAGCUCGCCGCGGAAUACGCACAAUAACGUACGCACUCUCUGAGAACAGUGCCAAAAACUUAGUCCAUAUUUUUAGAUGUAAUAGUAGUGAUAGCACUUAGCAGUAGGUAUUAGAUACCGAUAAAUGGAUCGUGUAUUAAUAUUCUCUUCUAGCAAUAUUGUGAAAAUAUUUUGUAUUUUAUAAGCAUGCCUACUAUACAAUUCUCAAUUAUUUUUAGUUAAUAUUUUAUUCAUAGUCAUACAAAAAACUACUAAGAUCAUGUUUUAAAAAUACUGCCUAGUUAUACAUAUAAAUGUACGUAAAGUUUUAUAGAUAGGAAUUUGGUGAUCAAUAUUUUUGACGAUCCGUUGGUUGAUGAUUACUUCGGUCGGUACAAAGAACGAAAGUAGUAGAACUUUAUUCUCUUAUCACCCGCUCUAAAGUUGCACUACUAGUUUUGAGCCACCAGAUCGAUGCGCGAAUCUUUCUCUGUUUUUAUAAGUUAGGUACGUACUUUAGAUAAACAAUUGCUUUUUCUAACCGCAAGUUCGAUAAGGAAAUGGGGACGCCUGUGGUCAGUCACAUGAUGCGCGAGACAUACAGACAGGACGUGAAACCGUGUCCGUUUCAUACAAAAUGUAUAGAAGCAUCGCGACCCAAAAUACAUGGGAAAUACAGAAAGCUUACUUGUCUGCACCCUCGCCUAUGUUAGUCGCAACGGCGCCUCAUUUUUCUACUGUCUUGCGGCACCACAGUGUGGCCAUUACAACUGAAUAUUCAAGUCCGAUUGUAUAGGUUAAGGGCACGUCGUUUUUUGUUUCUAUUGAAAAAAAAAACAACGUGGUUGGUACAAACAUGAGCGUGUACUUACGUUACUUGUUAGCAUUUAUAUUGUUUACUGACGCACACGACGCGGUUAGCUUCUGCUAUCUAAUCGAAUCUGUUCGUCACACAGGUGCUUCCUUUUUACACUUCUAUUUUAUUUAUAAGUAUGUGCUGCAUUUAAUACGAAGUUUUUUAGAUGGAUACAUAAUAUAUGAAUAUUCUUGUAUAAUAUAAACGACAAAUUGUGAUAAGUAGCCAAUGCUAGUUCUAUGUAAAAUAAUGAAAUUUUGCCGAGUUCAGUUUGCCUCGUCCCUGUUGCCACAUCUGUUUCCAGCCAUUCUAGCCAGGCAACCAUUAAGACAUGUUAACUAAUGAUUACAUAACUAUUCUAACAAUACUACACCUGACUGGUUGGUAUCGACGUAUUGACUGGCGGUAUCAACCAGUCGUAUAAAUGCGGCUGAAUAUUAUUAUUCUACAUGGGAUAUUUUAUAAUAUUGACUACUGAUAGUUUUAAGAAAUAAGGUAUAUUUUUUUACAAAAUAAAAUUCUAUUUCCAUU